AUGAACAACAGCUAUUUCCAAUAUAAAAACAACUUCUAUAAACAGACUAAAGGAGUGGCCAUGGGUAACCCACUAUCAAGCCCUAUAGCCCAGUUAGUCAUGGAAUUCAUCGAAGAAAAAAUCAUGAGACAGUAUCAAACAUCAUUCUACAAAAGAUAUGUAGAUGACUCCUUUUUAAUAACAACACCAUCCGAAAUGAAUGAGAUCCUCCACCAUUUUAACAACAUCCAUGACUCAUUAGAGUUCACACUAGAAGAGGAAAUUAACAACAGAUUAAACUUCCUAGAUAUGACAUUCGUGAGAGAAAAUGAAAAAUUAUUAACGCAGUGGUACAGAAAAGAACAAAAUUCCAUUCACAUUUUAGACUUCCACUCUAAUCACCACCAGUCCCAAAAGAAGAGCACUGCCAUCGGAUUUAUCGACAGAGCAUUAGAACUAACGUCACCGAUACUACGUGAGCAGAUAUUAACAGAUGUGAAGGAGCUUUUGUUCAGUAAUAAUUACCCUGAAAACAUGGUUUACCGACUCAUAAAACAAAGGACACACAGACUUUACAACACACAACGGGUUACGAAGGCAAACACGGACAACAGCAAACGUAUAUCACUACCCUUCAUUCAAGGUCUGUCACAAAAAAUUAAUAAUAUAGUAAAACCAUACAACCGAGAAGUUGUUCACAAGCCACAAAAUCAGAUAGGAAAAAUUUUCAGCAAAAUAAAGGCUCCAACACCAAAAAUGAAAAAGUCACAUGUGGUGUACAGUGUCCCAUGCAAAGAUUGUGACAAAGAAUAUAUAGGUCAGACUUCACAGAGACUCCAAGAACGAUUAAAUGCACAUAAAUACACCAAAAAUGCAACCACAGCACUGAACAAACAUAAGAAAACGAAAAAACACGACUUUAAUUAUGAGGACACAAAAAUCUUAGCAGUUGAACAUCAACAGAAAAGUAGAGAAAUAUUGGAGAUGAUACACAUCCAAAUGAGGAACGAAAAUACAGUAAACGACAAGUUAGACACAAAAAAUCUCAGUCGUAUUUAUAUGCCCCUACUGAAGCGACCACAAAAUUAA